AGGGAGAAAAGUCCUGAUAGUCUAUGCACAUCAAGAGCCCAAGUCUGAACGGAUCUUUGAAGAAGGUUGCUGUGGAGGAACUGAGCAGGCAGGGCUGCAGUGUCACAGUAUCUGAUUUAUAUGCAAUGCAGUUCGAGCCAAGAGCAACAAGAAAUGACAUUGUUGGUUGCUUGCACAACUCAGAAGAGUUCAAUUAUGGCCUGGAGGCAUGGGAAGCUUACAAGAGAGGAGGUUUGUCCAGUGAUCUGGUUGAAGAGCAAAAGAAGGUGCAGGAAGCAGACUUACUGAUUUUUCAGUUUCCCUUGUAUUGGUUCAGCAUGCCAGCAAUCAUGAAGGGCUGGAUGGACAGAGUCUUGGUCCAAGGAUUUGCUCACGAAUUUCCAAACUGUUACGAUUCCGGUUUGCUCAAGCACAAGUUAGCCCUGUUUUCUUUCACCACUGGAGGAAGCAGAGAGAUGUAUGCAAAAGGAGGUAUCAGCGGGGAUAUUCGCUAUCUCCUGUGGCCAAUGCAGCACGGAAUCAUGCACUUCUGUGGUGUCAAAGUCCUCGCACCUCACAUCUGCUUCGCUCCAGAGUAUGUCUCUGAGGAGAAGAGGAAGGAGAUGCUGAUUGCCUGGGCCCAGCGUCUGAAGACUCUUUGGAAGGAAGAGCCCAUAAACUGCUCUCCUGAGUGGUAUUUCAAGUGAUGUUCAAGUGCAGGACUACAGAGGGAAGAAUUUUUUCUCCAUUCUUUUGAUGCUUUGUCUUGAUAGCUGAAUGCUAAUCUCCUAAUUCGAAUGUAUUAUAAGUAUCUUCAGUACUACAGUUAGCAGCUUAACUGACAAUGUAGCAUUUAUUUUCCUUGAUUCCUGAGGGAUUCUCUUCAAUGAUGGGUGCAAAACUCUUUAUGAAGAAUUAUCUUUGCUCAUAUAAACAGCAACAUCCUGCCCACAAGUGGUUGAUAACACAAGCAGUAUUUAAUUGCAGAUUAUACUGUUGCUGCUUAUGA